AUGGAGUCUUCAAAUGCAAGUGGCAUACCUCAAGGAAAAUUUGAACCGUCUAGCGAGGACUAUUGCAGCAUUGCAACCGAUAAACAGGCACCAGCCUGUAGUAAUAAAUUUAACGUAUACUGUCAGAGAGAAGAUUGCCAGAUACAUGUUUGGUGUGUCAGUUCGUUGCGGGCCGGGGUUGAAGAACAAAUAUGCACUCGAAAUGAGAUUGGAAAGUAUGAAGAUAUUGGAGAGUUGCCAGGAUUUUGUACUAACAGAAGAGCAAUUAAAGAGUUGCAAACAUCAAUUGGGGAAUUGCGCAGAGUGUGCGUAUUGGGAGAUGCUGAGUGGACGGGAGAAGAAUACCGAACGAAAGCGUGUAAUUUUGUACACGCGAUGUAUAUAUAUGGAAACGAUGUUAGUGAAAGAUCCAUGUUCAUGGUGCCAGAAGCUAGCGGACGAGUUGGAUCGAAAGGACUGGGCCGUAAUUUGUCCAUGGUAGUUGAUACGUUUGUUGAUGAAUCCGUCCGUCGCAAUAUAGCAUCAUCUAUUUGUUGUGAUUUAUCCACCAAUAGCAGUGAUCCAGAAAAGCUUGGCUAUUACUAUGAAUGCGUUGCAGAAUUUGGAUUUAACCAUAUUAUUGUAAUUGGAGAGAUGUUAUACGGGUUGCUCUUUUUAGAUUGCUACGGACGAGUUUUUCAAUGGGAGAAUAUGGAACAGGUAUUAUGGCCAGUAGGGGAUUCAUUAGAAGAUGUGAAGUCACAUGAAGAUCUUGUAGUAUGGACUGUAGAAGAUGGUAUCGUGUAUGAAGAAUCUAUAGAUUCUUUAAAACCAAGAAAAACAAAAGGCACAAAAAACAAUCGCUCAAAGAAGAAGAAGAAAAGAUAA